ACCGGCGCGCUGGAGGGCUCGUGCUACCUUGCCGAGUCGCGUUUCCCGCUCUAUUAUUUCUGUGCUGUUACACACGUUACUCGGACGUUAGCGUUGAACAGCGGAGUGCCGUGUGUUAUCGCGGCCCUUUCGCUGUAAUUUCAGUUAUAUAAUUUGUUUGCGCCUCCAGCAGCCAGCAGCACGGUGACGACGGACGACGCCGGUGCCCGAACGCAGACCGCUGCAGGCCGCGCCGGCAUGAAGACUGUUCUCAUGGUAGCAGAGAAGCCGUCUCUGGCCCAGUCAAUCGCAAAAAUCCUCUCUAAAGGCAGCUGCAGCACGCGUAAAGGUUUCAAUGGCGCAUGCUCUGUGCACGAGUACACUGGCAUCUUCAUGGGUCAGUCAGUCCGCUUCAAGAUGACAUCUGUGUGCGGGCAUGUGAUGAGCCUGGAUUUCACAGGAAAGUACAACAACUGGGACAAGGUCGACCCUGCUGAGCUUUUCAGCAAGGCACCUACAGAGAAGAAAGAGGCAAAUCCCAAGUUGAACAUGGUCAAGUUCUUACAGGUUGAAGCAAAAGGUUGUGACAUUGUAGUUCUUUGGCUGGACUGUGACAAAGAAGGAGAGAACAUCUGUUUUGAGGUUCUGGAUGCGAUCCAGCCGGUGAUGAACAAAGCCUACAGCGGGGAGAGGAGUGUGUACCGGGCCAAGUUCAGCUCUAUCACUGACACAGACAUCUGUAACGCGAUGAACCGGCUGGGGGAGCCCAACCGCAAUGAGGCACUGUCUGUGGAUGCCAGGCAGGAGCUGGACCUGCGCAUCGGCUGUGCCUUCACCAGGUUCCAGACCAAAUAUUUCCAGGGGAAAUAUGGCAACCUGGACUCCUCCCUAAUUUCAUUUGGGCCUUGCCAGACUCCAACCCUGGGCUUCUGUGUGGAACGCCAUGACAAAAUCCAGUCCUUCAAGCCAGAAACAUACUGGGUCAUCCAAGCCAAGGUGUUCAAAGAUAAAGACAGCCCCGUAAUGCUGGACUGGGAACGGGUGCGAGUCUUUGACAGAGAAGUUGGUCAGAUGUUUGUCAACAUUGCAAAAGCAUCGCGGGAGGCCUGGGUGGAUUCUGUGAACAAAAAAGAGAAGGCAAAGCAGAGACCCCUUGCUUUGAAUACAGUGGAAAUGUUGAGGGUGGCCAGCGCUGCGCUUGGUAUGGGCCCUCAGCAUGCCAUGCAGAUAGCAGAGCGACUGUACACCCAGGGCUACAUCAGCUACCCUCGCACGGAGACCACCCACUACCCAGAAAACUUUGACCUCAAGGGCACCCUGCGGCAGCAAACCAACAACCCAUUUUGGGGAGAUGCUGUGAAAACGUUACUUGCAGAGGGAGUAAAUCGCCCCAGGAAGGGGACGGAUGCAGGGGACCACCCCCCAAUCACCCCCAUGAGAGCUGCUUCUGAGAGCGAGUUGGGAAGUGACGGAUGGCGUCUGUAUGAGUACAUCACACGGCACUUCAUUGCGACUGUCAGUCACGACUGCAAGUACCUCCAGACGACCAUCUCCUUCACCAUCGGCUCGGAAGCCUUCUCCUGCACAGGAAAAACUCUCAUAUCAGCUGGCUUCACGGAAGUCAUGCCCUGGCUGGGGAUUGUGGAUGAAGAGAGCUUGCCGACCUGUGAGAAAGGGGACUCCUUCACAGUGGAGGAGGUGAAACUGGUGGAGAAGCAGACUGGUCCUCCUGACUACCUGACGGAAUCCGAGCUCAUCACGCUGAUGGAGAAGCACGGCAUUGGAACGGACGCCAGCAUCCCUGUGCACAUCAACAACAUCUGCCAGAGGAACUAUGUCACGGUGGAGAGUGGCCGGAGGCUUAAACCUACCAACCUGGGCAUUGUGCUGGUGCACGGUUACUACAAGAUUGAUGCUGAGCUGGUGUUGCCCACCAUCCGCAGCGCAGUGGAGAAACAGCUCAACCUGAUAGCACAGGGCAAGGCUAAUUUCCAGCAGGUGCUGCAGCACACCCUGGACAUCUUCAAGAGGAAGUUCCACUACUUUGUAGACUCCAUUGCAAGUAUGGAUGAGUUAAUGGAAGUCUCCUUCUCACCAAUUGCCGCCACAGGGAAGCCACUUUCCCGCUGUGGGAAGUGUCAUCGAUUCAUGAAGUACAUUCAGGCCAAGCCCAGUCGGCUGCACUGCUCCCACUGCGAUGAGACCUACAGUCUGCCACAGAAUGGUGCCAUCAAGCUGUACAAGGAGCUGCGCUGUCCGCUGGAUGACUUUGAGCUGGUGCUGUGGACAUCAGGCUCGCGGGGGAAGAGCUACCCGCUGUGCCCUUACUGCUUCAGCAACCCCCCCUUCAGGGACAUGAAGAAAGGUAUGGGCUGCAAUGAGUGCACUCACCCCUCUUGCCAGCACUCGCUGAGCUCUCUGGGCAUCGGCCAGUGUGUUGAGUGCGAGAACGGCGUUCUGGUGUUUGAUCCCACUUCUGGGCCCAAGUGGAAGAUGGCAUGCAACAGGUGCAAUGUGGUGGUGAAUUUUUUUGAGCACGCCCACAGGGUGCAGGUGUCUGCAGACAGCUGCGAGGCCUGCGAGGCCUCCCUGGUGGUGGUGGACUUCAACAAAGCGCGCUCACCACUGCCAGGAGAUGAGACCCAGCAUAGUGGCUGCGUCUUCUGUGACCCCGUGUUCCAAGACCUCGUGGAGCUCAAGCACGCCACCAUGAGGCACCCCAUGCACCGUGGAGGCCAAGCCCGCAGACAAGGGGGACGGGGGAGGGCUCGAGGUCGCCGGCCAGGCAGCAGGGGCAAUCCGAAGAAACCCAAAGACAAGAUGGCGGCCCUAGCAGCAUACUUUGUGUAGCUUCUUGUUGGGAUGACUGUCCUUAAAGCAAACUUCUGUAGCUAUUUUUAAAAAAAAAUAACAUCACGUGAGGUUUUUAUUUCUGCAUAUGUACAAUAAAAGAUGUUAUGAGCCAAGUCUUUUCUGCUCGUAGAUCAUUGAUCAGUGAAGUGAGGAAAACCACAUACCAAAUGUACAUGUCGUAAGGUACAGCUGGUAGUGUAGUGAUUAAAGUUGCUGCCUUUGGACCGAAAGGCUGCAGGUUUGAAUCUUGCCUCUGGCUGUAGUAUCCUUGAGCGAAGUUCUCGGCCUUUUUGGCUUAGAUCAAAGUGCAGUACCGGAGAUUUUACCGGGGGCAAAAUGGAGCCUAAUGCAGGACUGUGUGUGGCAUGUCUGCAGCUUUCCUGGGGCGAAGCUCUGCUCCCUUGUAGGAAUUUGUUUUAUUUUUUUGGUAGCCUGUCAAGCCCUAAGGUGCAGGGUUUCGGGUGGCUUGUCCGCCGUUCUUGCAGGGUGACGCAGAGAUUUUGUUUCAAACUGUUUUGUACCAGAUAGCCCAGAAUAGGGUUUCUUUGAAGACAUCGGCAGCCCCUGGGGAGAACGAGAGACCAUCACUGGCAGUGAGGACGGCAGCUGGAAGGAUGCAGGCUUUGAAGAAUACCAUCCACUUCUGCUGGAGGAACCGGGACGAUGAUGUCGUCGGAUUUCACAAGCACAUUCCAUUUGUUCGUGAGAUCAUCUUCGGACUCCUGGGACUUCCGGCGGAAGACAUUGUCUGCAUCCAGAGGAAUGGGCCGUUGUCCUUCUUUGACGUCACGCUGGCAACCGACGAACGUUAUCGGAGGGUGUUGGAGACGUGUAGGGUGAGUGCAAUGCAUUCCAAGCUGCUCCCCUACUCCACUGAGCCACUCUGGAGGACAGAUAGAAGAGCUGUGACUGUCCACGUCUUCGACCCCUUUGUGUCGGAGGACGUCAUGGCAGCUUUCCUGGGGGAUUUUGCCAAUGUCUUCCCCGGACAUGAGGAAGACGGGGACCUUCUGGGCAUCUGGACUGGAUGGAGACGCUUUUUAGUUCGCCUGUGUCCCGACCCUGUGGGGAUGGAUGGUUAUAGCCACCCGCCUGCGUAUUUCACCUCGGGUAAGGCAAGAGGCUACCUAUUUUAUCCUGGUCAGCCUCCCUCCUGCCAUUUGUGUCUUGGUCAGGGACACCCCGGGCAAUCAUGCAAGACAAUGACGUGCCAGCAAUGUUUGGAGAUCGGCUACCUGGCCAAGGACUGCAUAGGCCCCCGCCGCUGUACCCAAUGCGGGGGGGGGAUCAUUUCUCCCACAGCUGCCCUCAGCACAAGCCAACCUAUGCCGGGGUGGUGUGGGCAGAGGCGGUGCCACCGGGGAUGGUGUGGAAGCUCAGCCUUCACCUGCUGGUGCUGCAGAGCAGCUGGGAUCAGCGGCGGGUGCCAAUGUAAGAGAGCAGUUGUCCGGGGCCAGUGUGGCACAGUCUCCUCCUUUGCUGGGCACUGCUGGGGGGGGGGGGUCCCAGGCCAAGGAGGGGAGAGACACACCUGGUCACACGGACAUUUUACGGGAUUUUGUGGGAGUUACCAGGAAGAAGAAGCAGCGCAGGAGGGAGGCUGGGUUGAUCUCCGGUACUACACUGGGGGUUCCGGUCUUGACUGCGACCCCUCAAAAGAGCCGAGAAGAUCCUCCCUCCUCCAUAGUGGUACACAAUCAUUCAGGUUUAUUAGUUAUCAAUUUGUCUCGGGUCGGGUCUCCCCUUAGGUUCAGUUCGUCAGGGCCUGGG